GAGAAACAGGAAGUGAGAAAUUGGUAAAUUGAGUGGAGAAGACGAAGAAGAAGAAGAAUAGAUGACGAAGACGAAGAGCCAGAGCGACAAGAUGUCUCUGGAAGACUACCUCCUUCUCAUUCAGUCUCGCUCCACCCUCCACCUCACCGUCACUCAACUCAAUCAGAUCAUCAGCAUGCACGGAUUCAAAAAGCUUCACAGAAUUCCCAAGAAAGAUCUGAGCGAAGCCGUGAGCACACUGGACCUGGAGGAACCGAGCCGCUCUACACUCCGGGACUACAUCUCGCCGGUGGUCCACACUUGUCCGAACGACGUCGUCGUCGCUGACAUGAACGCCCUGAGCUGGCAAGAGUGCUGCAUCACCGCCGUCCACACGUUGAGCUCGUGUCAUCAAAACGACGCCGUCGAGUGCUCGAACAAUCACCGCUCCGGUGCUACUUCAUCUCAAGGAAAGACGCCAUUGAAGAAAUUGGUGCAGAGGAGGAAGAGACGGACUCAGGAGAGCGGCGGUGCGGUGGCGAAGAAGCAGGGGAAGAGAUCGGAAAACAACGGUGGCGGCGGCGCUACUCUUGCUUUGGAUUGUGUUUCGAUGGAUUCGUAUUCUUUCAGUUGAUUUCCUGCAACACCGAAGCAUUUUCAGGCGUUUUGGAUGGAGGUUUUGGCGACGCAGCCUCUCGGAGUUUGUUGGUUAGUGGUAGAUCUGUGAAUUUCGUAAAAACAAAGGGUUGUUUCUGUAGUUUAGUGGCGGAGUAUAAUUAGAAGUGCUUUUGGUAUCUGCUGACACAAAUCUGAGCUGAACAGAAAUUUUCUGGAUUGCAAUUACAAUUUCAUCAGUAAUUGGUAAUUUGGUAUU